AAAGACUAAUUAAAGUUUAGCCUAGCUUUACCCCACACCUAUUUAUUUUAUAAAUACAAGUAACCCUCAUCAAAAAUAUUCAAGCAAUUCACACAUGCAAAUUCAACCUAUCAUAAUUCAUUUUUGAUUUUUUCAACCUCUUACUUAGUAGUUAUUACUACCUCUCCUAUAAAUACAAUUCAAAAACCCAAACAGACACAAACAAUAACAAUAACAACAACGUAAGUGGAAUCUAUAGAACAAUGGGAAACACCAUAGGAAAAAGCAAAAAAGCAAAGAUUAUGAAGAUAGAUGGAGAAACCUUCAAAGUGAAAACUCCAACCACAUCAAACGACGUCGUCAAAGACUAUCCCAACCACGUCCUCCUCGACUCUCAAGCGGUAAAACACUUUGGGCUUCGGGCCAAACCCUUAGAGCCCAACCAAGAACUCAAGCCCAAGAAAAUCUACUUCCUCGUGGAAUUACCCAAAAUAAAGCCCGAGGAAGAUAAACCGUCACUCCCGAGGAGAGCGCGAUCUAGUGGAAUAAAGAACAUGAAUGCUAAGGAUAGACUCGAGCUGUUAAUGCUGUCAAAACGCUCCGUUUCGGAUAUUUCGUCGGUGAAACCGGGCUUGGGCUUAGAUGGGCCCAUGAGGUUGAAGAUGAGGCUUCCGAAAGCCCAGCUGGAGAAGUUGAUGGAAGAGAGUAAUGAUAAGGCUGAGGUGGCGGAGAAGAUUAUGAGUUUGUAUAUGGAAAAGAGUGGUGGUGGUGAUGCGGCGGAGCAUGACGGUGUUGUUUUGAAUCAACAUCGUAAACCACGUGGGAAACGAGUGAGUUUUAGCCCAAUGGAAAUUGAAGAAAGUCACGUAGAAGCAGCUUCUCAAUAGCAGUAUUUUUUUAAUUAGUAAUUCAUGAUAGUUAGAUAUGUACAUUUGUACCGGUAUUACAAAAAUACAUAUAUGUGUAUAUAUAAUGCAGGACUCGUCUUUUUUUUGUGUAAUCAAGAGAUAUAUUAAAGGGAGAAUUAAGGGUUCUCCAACCUUGAAACACAAGAGCGGCUAAAAACCGACAAGAAAGUAAUAUUACAAACCAAAUACAAUUACGAUAAAACAGACAACGGGUCUUUACAAAAAUCGUAAAAGUUACACUUGGAGUAUGUAAUAUCACCUAAAGAGGACCAUCUCCACACCAAGAAUUUGAUCUUCCAAACUAUAUCAUUUAUACUCCAAACUUCAUUAUUGAAGCAAAAUCCAUUCCUUGUCAACCAAAUAGUCCAACAAGUGGCCAACCAAAACACCCCUAAUUUACCUUCUUUAACUCUUUUCGAACGGCACUUAGCGUACCACUCCAUGAAAAACGGAAUGCAAUCCUCCUCCUUCCACCCCGAAAAUUCCACCCACUCACCAAUGUCCUUCCAAACAAGUUUAAUUACAUAACAAUUGAAAAAAAUAUGAUCUCUAUCC